CACUUCAAAGGCGGACAUGUGGACUCGUGAGCAACACAGUUGCGAAAAACUUUAUAACGACACCGUGACUCGGAGCCCAAAUGGUCGAAUUGUCGUAAAACUGCCGUUCAAGGACGAUCCUGCAUGCUUGGGUGAAUCGUAUACCACAGCUUUGCGUCGUUUUAGUGCACAAGAACGUCGUCUGCAACGCUCUCCUAACCUCAGGACACAGUACGUCGAAUUCAUGGACGAGUAUGAGAGACUAGGCCACAUGCAGCCAGGUAGCACAACAACAAAGCUAAGGGUUGUCUUCGACGCAUUUUGUCAGACCACUACUCAAACCUCAUUUAACGACAUCCAAAUGGUGGGUCCUAUCAUACAAAGCGAGCUUGUAGUUCUUUUGCUCCAAUUUCGUUUACAUCGCUUUGCGCUCACAGCAGAAAUCGUUAAAAUGUAUCGGCAGGUGCUGGUCAGUGAAGAACAUCGAAUGUUCCAGUACAUCUUGUGGAGGAGUUCGCCUAACCAGGAAAUUCAAACCUUCCAGCUUAAUACGGUCACAUACGGAAUGGAGGCCGCACCAUACCUCGCGGUCCGUAGUCUGCAUCACCUUGCUGAUCAACAUGCAUCGCAAUUCGUCGUUGGUGCAAAUGUCGUCAAGUCAUCUUUCUACGUUGAUGACCUGCUGUGCGGUGAUGACUCGCGUACGGACCUUUCGCGAGUAAAACACGAGGUAACGGAGUUGCUAAAAUUAGGUGGACUUGACCUGGCAAAGUGGCAUUCAAACCAUAAGCGUUUCAGGGGCGAACACUCUGUCAAAGACUUUAAUCUCGAUACCUCAAUAACUAGCACUCUUGUUCUGACAUGGGAUCAGACACAUGAUAAUUUUUUAUUCUCGUUUCAAUCUAGGCAGCCUACAAAUAGUCGUGUCACGAAAAGGACAAUUCUAUCUACCGCAUCGUCGCUCUUUGAUCCACUUGGCCUCCUAGCACCAGUGAUCGUCACUGCCAAAAUCCUGCUUCAGGAAAUGUGGUUGCUGAAACUUUAGUGGGACGAGUCUGUUCCUCAAAA